AUGUACAAAUCAAAAAACACUUUUCGGAGGUUGAAAAGGCAAAAAUCUAAUGAGGUGCCAAUCAGUAGCAGCAGCAGUUGCAGUAGUAACCCGGCCGUCCGUCUUGAUUUCAUUAGUAAAAAGAGCCGUCAGUGUUGCUACAAACCGCUGGGAGAUUUGUUCGCACUGCAGCAGCGAAGAUGGGACGCCAUGUUUGAUGUCAGUGGGACUACGGAUUUAUCACCACCAAACCUUCCGUGUGUGACUUCAUCAGACCUUCCAUGCGUGACAUCAUCAGACCUUCAGUGUGUGACCAUGAUGACAUCAUCAGGUUCAUUUAGCAGAAAUAACUGUGACAAAGUUGAUGAGGCAUUUUGUUCAACAAGAAUAGCAAUGCAACAAUCACCAACCAAGGAUUGUUGUGGAGAUGAUGUUACUGUUGCAACUGCUGGCAGUACUUCUGCUGUUAAAGCUGGAUUGGCUAGUGAUGAUAUGAAAAAUAAAAAUUGUGAUUUGAAUGAAAGCACAUCACUUGAUACCUCUUUUGAAGACUUCAUAAAGGAUGAUGAUUCACUGUUUAGUGAGUUGAAUGAGUCAGAAUUUAAUACCACUGGUGCAAAUUCAUGCACCAAGAAUAAUCAGUCGUCCAUAGGUGAUGUUACUCCUUUAACUUUAACCAAAUCAUCAUUAUCUACCACAUCAACUUUAGAAACUUCCAUUACACCAUCUUCUGCAUUAACAAUGUGUCCAAUAAAACUUAGUGAUCAUAAUAAUAAUAACAUCACAACUCCAUUGAAGUUAGAUUCAAAUACAUUACCAUACUACAUUGAAAACUUCAAAAUGAUGAUUGUAACAACAAUGGGUGAUGCAUUUCAUUCACAUCUUUUUGAUGAAAGCGACAGAGAAACUGUAAAUUUGUUCCUUCAUAAAUUAACUAUUCCCCAACAGAAACUCUUCACGAGGUUGUACCUUCGUAAGUUUUGUUGGUUAAGACUGGAUCAAAUAAAAUACAAUGACAUCAGUGAAAACUUGAUAGAUGUGUUAGACUCAUUAGUCUUGCUGGGUCUCAUUGAUGAUGUGACAAAGCUGACAGAUUUAAAUACAGUUUUGAAAUGUCUACUUGCACCUGAAUUGAAAUCCUUAUGCAAAUCUUUGAGACUGGAUGCAGUGUCGUCAAAAAGUGAUUUGAUUGCCGCCAUUAUUAAUCAUUCCAAGACAAAUUCAAUUAAAAAUUUUUUCAAAAGAACUGCUGUUGGUGAUGAUAGCUUGCCAAAUGUUGUUCUAUUAAGAGCCAAAUCAAUAUUGGGGCAUUGUUAUAAGUUGAAUAAGGUCAGGAGGUCAACUUUUAUGAGGAUUCUCAUUCUCUCUUCACUCAACAACACUCUUUCCGAUGAUGAUUUAUCUGCCCAACAGAUGAUUUUCCAAAUGCUACAAACGUCCAAUGGAAAGGUAAAAUACCCUGAUUAUAACAUCAACAGGACUACAAAAUUGUUUCAAUCUAAGAAUGAUUUGAUCAUGUAUGAAGAGAUUCUAGAACACGAGUCGACAUUUUGGCACAAAAUGGAGAAAAAAAGCUAUGAAGAUGCUCUAAAAGUGUAUACAGAUAUUAGACACAGAUUUGAAGACUAUUCAUUGAAUGAUGAGAUUGUUACAAAGCACAACAGAGCCCUCCCGGCCUUCUUAAGAUGCUACACAGCAUCUUCGGCAUACAUCAGAAUCCUAAACAAGGCAGUCAGUCUUCUCCAGUUCCUCAAGCGUUAUGAGGAUGCCGUUAAACUGCUGAGCCAGCUGUUGAACCAGGAAGUUUAUCAUUUAGAUUAUAGGGGUCGUUGGUUUGAUAGAAUUACUCUUAAUUUGGAUUUUCAUCUGAAAAACCCUACAAAGGCACUGGAUUACAUAAAGGAGGCCCUCAAUGACCCCUGGGUGAAGGUGGGCCACCGAUUGGACCUACUGCACCGAGCAAAAAAAAUUCUUGCGUCCAAAAGUAAGAAGCUUGCUGAGGGGUCUCAAGAAAGUAUGCGUGAGAUGAUAGCGAUUGAUGUUAUGAACUUCAUACAGGCCCCUCUCAAUGUCACAACAACAGGGCAGCAACUCUUCAAAGUUAACGCUGUGGCGCCCUCUAUGUGGGUCGUCCAGGGUGGCGGGGGUGGUGAGAACGAUGACGUCAUGAUGACUGCAGGUAGGGUGGAACAAGUUGCCCUUGAUUACUAUGCUACUAUCGGCUACCCAGAAGGUAUACAUGGAGAGGGGAUAACAUUAACGACACUAUUCAUGCUGCUGUCGUGGGAUGUUGUUUUCAUGUCGUCGAUACCUGACGUCUUCUACGACAACUUCCAAAUGGCCCCCCUAGAUUUCAGGUCACAUGAUUUCUACCCAAAACGAAAGGAAAAAUUUCAUAAAAGGUAUCAGUGGAUAUCCCAUGCUUCUGAAGAGGAACUGGAUGAAAUGUUAGAAAAAUGUUGGUCGGAUAAUUAUGGAGUGAUAUGUGCCUGGAUUAACUGGGAACUGUUCACUGGCGUGGAACAUGUCAAGGGUCUUGUAAGAAGUAUUGGGCCCGAGAAGUUGUCCAGCAUAUUCAUGAGGAUGGCUCAAAACAUGAGGUACGUCACUGGGGGAGUGCCUGAUCUUAUCGUCUGGAAUCCCUCCCAACGCCGUGUCAAGUUUGCGGAAGUGAAAGGUCCUGGUGAUAAAUUAUCCUCCAAGCAAAUUCUCUGGCUGGAUUUCCUGCUAAGUAUAGGACUGGAUGCCGAAGUUUGCCACGUUAAAGCUGAGAAUUCCAAGAAAAUUUUCAAAUCAGUGCGAGAAAACUGUGAUAUCUAAUUGCUUCUUGUUUUAUUUGUAUUAUUUUCUUAUAUAUUUAUAGAUUUCGUUUUAUUUUAAAAGGAUUUUAUUCUAACUCGUUCAUAUUAAGUAUUGAUAAAGAAAAACAAUCUUAUUUCAUUGAGGUCGACAGCUAACUAUAAUUGAUGAUGAAGUGGAAAAAACUUAUAAUA